GCCACAUCGACGACGCACGUCGAAUUCACCGUGCAUUUUCUUAUUUUUGUACCUCAGUAUUGAAAACGAUCUUUUGUAUCUACGCGUAUUUUUACCAGUCUUUUCUAUAGGAUCUCUAUUACUGAUCGAAUUAUUUUGAUAUUAUUGUACCCCUGACGUAUUUUCCUAAAAUAUUUACUAAAUGACGAUUACAUUUAAGUAGACGUGGAAUAUUAGUAAAUAACAACUCUUCUUCCAAUCGAGUAAGAAUCCAGUGUAAUGAUUAAUUAAAAUCUAAAUUGUUGCUUUCAAAAACUAUUGAGGAUCAGCUGAACAAAAACAUUUGGACAAAACGCGCUGUAAGAUGGCACCGAGCAAGUUCGGUCUUUUCAAAUCCAAAAGCCGAGAGCAAUCGGAGCAGCCGUCGACAGAGAAUCUACUCAAAACAAGCCAAAGCACAGAAUUUGAUACGCCAGGUUCGCCCAUACCGUCGACGAGUAAAGGAAUCAUCGGCGAACAGACAGUAGUCAAUAUGUCCGUACUCAGCCUAGACAGUGACGACGAAAUAAGUUCGGUAAACAACUCGAGACGAGGGAGUCAAGAUAGCAAAGCGGAUUUACAGGUCUACCAACAGUUCCAAAACGUGUCAGACGUGACCUCCACAUGCACGUUAGACGAUGUAGACCUAAACUCUAUACAGGAGUUCGACGACACUGCCGUCGUCGACGACGACGCGUCGACGUCCUACGACGUAAACUCGAUACAAUACGAUGAGAGCUCCAUAGCGCCGAGCGAAGACAUAUCCAUCUACUGCGCCAUGCUAAAGAAACCGAAGAAGGGACGGUCGAAGGAACAGAAAUUAAAGGACUUUGAUAUGUGGACGGCGAGCAACUUUGAAGUGAUGCAGAACCUCCUGCAACGAAGCGGCACACUGGACGAGCAGAUCAAGUGGGAGGCGAUAGCCACGUCGCGGGGGCUCUGUACCCUGACUGACUGCUGCACCUGCCCCGACUGCACGAGGGCGAAGUACCUCUCCGGCGUCACGGACGGCGACGGAGGCCUGGGCACUGCGCCCCUCUUCAGCGCCAUCAACGUCGGCUGCCAGAUACAGUGAACUCCGAAACGGUCUUUUGGUGUUAACUUCUUUAAGUAGGUUCGGAGUCAUUUUGAGCAAUUCAAUGAAAGAAUUGAAAUCUUGUGAGACUAUGCUAAGGAUUUAAAAGUCGCAUAGUUUGCCUGUGGGAGGGCCUCUAUAUGCCAAGGAUAUACAAAUUCUAAGUAAAACCUAUAUUUUUAAUGGACUUUGGGUACUAUUAGAGAAAUUGAUGUAAAGGCAGAUGGCGGAUCUAUGAUUUUUGGUUUGCGUUAUAUAUGUUCAAUGAUAAUCGCUGGCUGGUCUUGGUAUAACCAGGUAUAGCCCGAUCCAUUUAAGUAGUUCAAUGUCUGCCUAUUAAUUAAAUUCUCUGAUAAUACAAACGAGAGCACUGGAGACUAAACGAGUAUGGGUCAGUUCUAAUUACAUACUGCCUUCCUAUUUUCUAUUUUCACAUGAAUUUUCUAUAGAUACUAGCGGAACCGUCCGCUUGCAGGUUAUUAGAUUAUGAACUACGUUUUUACAGUCGUAUUUCCGAGGAAUAAGAUUGAGUAGGGGUACCUCAGCGCUUUUCCUGACAUGAAAUGAUAAAA